GUUCUGGAAGAAAGUGUUCGUAAAGCUGGUGCAUCAAGGCGACAACCCGGGGCGCAACAGCUCGACCAAUACGGCAAGAUCUUCACGGUCAAGCUGCAGUACGUGUUCUACAAGGAGCGGCCAGGCGUGCGGCCGGGGCAGGUGACGAAGGCGGAACGAAUCACCAACAAGCUGAGUCAGUUCGCCGCCUACGCCAUCCAGGGCGACUACCAGGGCUGCAAGGAGUUCGGCUCCGACCUCCGGAAGCUCGGCUUGCCCGUGGAGCACGCGCCGCAGGCG